AUGAACCUAAUAGUAGCUAAAGAUAAGAGGAUGCUACAGUUGAAUGAGUUGGAUGAAUUUCGGAUGGAUGCCUAUGAGAAUGCAAAACUUUACAAGGAAAGGACAAAAAAACUACAUGAUAAGUACAUGCAGAGGCAUGAGUUCACUCCAAGUCAAAAAGUACUAUUGUUCAAUUCUAGGUUAAAACUUUUUUCAGGGAAAUUGCGUUCUAGAUGGUCUGGACCAUUUACAAUUGUUCAAGUCUUUCCACAUGGGGCAGUUGAAGUGGCUCAUGAGACAAAAGGAACAUUCAAACUAAAUGGGCAGCGGUUGAAAGCAUAUUGGGGUGGUGACUUUGAGAAAGAGAAGGACAUGACAGCGUGA